AUGAAAGAAUUGCAUGGUAGAAAGAUACAAAGCUUAGUCCGUGAGUCAGACUGCUCGGAGGCUAAAGCCAAAAGCCGAUCAAAGUGGUGGGACUCGCACCGCGGCCGCGGAGAUGUCAAGGCCGUCCGCAAUGAGGAGCGCAACCUGCUCUCGGUGGCCUACAAAAACGUGGUCGGGGGCCGCAGGUCCUCCUGGAGGGUCAUCUCGAGCAUCGAGCAGAAAACCGACACCUCGGACAAGAAGUUGCGGCUGAUUAAGGACUAUCGGGAGAAAGUGGAGUCUGAGCUAAGGUCCAUCUGCACCACGGUGCUGGAAUUGUUGGAUAAGUAUUUAAUAGCCAAUGCAACUAAUCCAGAGAGUAAGGUCUUCUAUCUGAAAAUGAAGGGAGAUUACUUCCGGUACCUUGCUGAAGUUGCAUGUGGUGAUGAUCGAAAACAAACGAUAGAUAAUUCCCAAGGAGGUUACCAAGAAGCUUUUGAUAUAAGCAAGAAAGAGAUGCAGCCCACACACCCAAUCCAACUGGGGCUGGCUCUUAACUUUUCUGUAUUUUACUAUGAGAUCCUUAAUAACCCAGAGCUUGCCUGCACACUGGCUAAAACAGCUUUUGAUGAGGCCAUUGCAGAACUUGAUACACUGAAUGAAGAUUCAUACAAAGACAGCACCCUCAUCAUGCAGUUGCUUAGAGACAACCUAACAUUAUGGACAUCAGACAGUGCAGGAGAAGAAUGUGAUGCAGCAGAAGGGGCAGAAAACUAAAUGCAUACAGGGUGGUCAUCCUUCUUCCCCUCAAGAAACCUUUUUACUCAUCUCCAUUCCUUAUUCUAUUUGGAUUUCCUAUAGCAAAGAAACCUAUUCUUGUGUAUGGAAUCAACUGUUUAUAGUCUUUUCACACUGCAGCUUUGGGAAAACUCCAUUCCUUGAUUUGUGUUUGUCUUGGCCUUCCUGGUGUGCAGUUACUGCUGUAGAAAAGUAUUAAUAGUUUCAUUUCAUAUAAACAUAAGUAACUUCCAAACACUUAUGUAGAGGACUAAAAAUGUAUCUGGUAUUGAAGUAGUCUGAACCAGUUCUGCAAGUGACUGUGU